AUGAACGAAUUGAUGUCAUCGCCAGACAGAGACCCGGCCACUUCACCAUUGGAAAACCGCAAGCGACGGCCUUUGGGUUCGCUCUCGUCGUUGGUUAACACGCUUGAGUCCUCUGUCAUGUCCCGCAUCUCCAAGUCGGUGUCUCUGAUGGCCAGAUUCCCAGAAUUCCUGAAGAGUAGCCUCAACGAUGUCCCCAUUUUUGACAGACACGAUGAUACAGAUAAUGACGACGAAAAUGACUCCACGCUUAACGAUGAAGAUUUUCUUAACUCCCCCACAAUGAAGUCCAAGCCUCCUGCUGUCAUCCGUCGAACCCAAUCUCUCUUCACUGACGUAACUCAGGUCGACAUCCAGCUUCAGAGUAACGACUACUUGUCUACGAGCGGGAUAUCUACUUUCACAGUGUCGAGCGAUCCGAUUCCCCGUAUCAACGAGUCUGAGCUAAAAAAUAUCAUCGAGGGAGUUCAUUCCAAAGUAUACGAUGAAUACAUCGUCAUCGACAGCAGAUUUCCCUACGAGUUUGAAGGUGGACACAUCAUUAAUGCCGUCAACAUCGCUCUGCAAAGCGACUUAGAAGAGCGGUUUGUGGUGAACCAAGAUAUGACCUCCAAUAAGCGCAGAUUACUCAUUUUCCACUGUGAGUACUCCAUCUUCCGUGGACCCACCAUGGCCAAUCAUCUCCGUAAAAUUGACCGCAUCUACAACUCAGAUCGAUACCCAUUCUUGCUAUAUCCAGACAUUGUUGUCUUGGAAGGCGGAUACAAGCGUUUCUUCGACAAAUACAAGGAGCACUGCUUCCCUCAGUCCUACGUGGAGAUGAAGGACACCAAGCACAAGAGAACCUGUGAGGUGGAGAUGAGUAAGGUGUUGCAGGCAUCCAAAUUGACCCGGGCGAAAUCUUUCAACCAGUUCCAACCUCGUCUCUCGGUGUCUCAUGCACGGUCAUCAUCCUUUACAGCACUUCUUUCUUCCUCUGAUCAGAACUUAUCGUUGGGUGCUUCCACCCCUUCUCUCCGCAAGAGCAGAAGCUCCAAGAUACACAAGAAGGAGCGUAGAGAUUUGAGAUCACAGUUCACGCAAUCAUUACUCGUAUUACCUACUUCCUCCGACAUCUCCAAGUUGGACUCGCCGGUGUCAUCUACCUUUGAAGACGACUUUGCUCCACCUCCCACAUUAUUCCGAAACCACAGCAAGAGCUUGUCCAGCCUGCUGCUCUCGGUCCACUCAUCGCUGCUGCUGGUCUGCUCCGAGUCCUUUUCUGCAUUUUCUUCGAGCGAUUCGCUUCUGGAGACGUAUUCUCCAUUUGCAGAUUGUUACGAAUACUUCGACAGUGUCUCCACGAACAAUUCUGGAAAUUUGCUUUCAGGAGGCACCAAGUCUACUACAGGCUACGCUUUUCCAGCCAAUGGCCACCAGUUUCACUCUGGCAACAACACUCCCUUUACACAGAACAGUAAUCAGGCGUCUAAGAAUAAAGCCCGUCUCAGCUGGGGCCGCACCAAUCGCCUGGGCCAGCAAUUUUUGUCAUCUCCCACCAUCAGCUCGCCAUUGACGGGAAUUACGGCGGCCACAUUUGAGUCUGCUCACUCAAACAAUACUCUCAUGGAUGUUAUUAAUGAUAGCGAGGUUGAGUUUUCGCUUCCUACGAGACAUUCCAGCCGCAAGAGCCUGUUUUCAUUUGUUAAUGGUCAGCGUAAUGGAAAUACCCUGGACAUCGACGAGGCAGAUGAAGAGUCCGAUUAA